UUUGGACCCGGAAGAAGUGGAUGUGGUUCAUCAGCUAGAUAAAGAUAAAGGCUUAACUCUCGAGGAAUUUAAGCUCAUUAAGAUGCAUAUGACGAAUUGUAUAUUGAAACUGGCUCAGUCUGUUAAAGUGAGGCAAAGGUUUAUCAAAUUAAUCUGUACUUAAAACACUUUGGCUGCUAUAACUAUAUCAUCCGUAACGUAAUGGCUUCCUUCUGAGAAAAGUUUGUUUCAAAUUCUCUGUGGGAAUUAUAGCGAGUAAUUACCAGAAGUUGGCUAACAUGAUAUCAUGCUUGAACAAGGGUUGUAGCAACUGCAGUUACGUAUAUGAGACGCGUCUAUACCAGAAAGAGCAUGAGUGAAUAUGAUCCACGUCUCAUUGCUCCUACUUGCUUAUAUUUAGCAUCCAAGGCGGAAGAAAGCACCGUGCAGGCUAGACUUCUUGUGUUUUACAUCAAAAAAUUAAAUUCUGAUGAAAAGUAUAGAUAUGAAAUCAAAGAAAUACUUGAAAUGGAAAUGAAGAUUUUAGAAGCACUUAACUAUUAUUUAGUUGUAUUUCAUCCUUAUCGCACGUUAGCUCAGUUGUUGCAGGAUGCUGGCAUAAAUGAUAUGAGUAUGACUCAAUUAUCUUGGGGACUCGUAAACGACACAUACAAGAUGGACCUUAUUCUUAUACAUCCACCAUAUUUGAUUGCCUUAGCUUGCAUGUACAUUGCUAGUGUACACAGAGAGAAAGAUAUCACCACUUGGUUUGAAGAGCUUCAUGUCGAUAUGAAUGUGGUGAAGAACAUCUCCAUGGAGAUUUUAGAUUUCUACGAAAACUACAAAAUUUCAGAUGAACGAAUCAAUGCUGCUUUCAGCAAACUCGAUUUUAAGCCUUAGAUGGUUGAAGACAAAUACCUAACACCAGUGCGAUGCAUGACUGUAAUCUAUUAUCGCCAUGUCGGUUGACUGUAUAUUAAGAAAGAAGUGAAAGCAUGGAGAUCUCUGGUUUGAUUUAACCUAUACCUGUAUGAUAUUACAAUGGUACUAUUAAAAGCAUGAAGAAAGAUUAUUAGAGUGAA